UCAGUGAUAAUAAUGGCAGAGCUGACAGGUGGAAAAUAUUGCUUUGCAAUUGAUCGCGGUGGCACCUUCACCGACAUACUUUGCAUACGCCCCGAUGGAAAAGUACGUACAUUGAAGCUGUUAUCAGAGGAUCCCAGCCGUUAUAGCGAUGCACCGCGCGAGGGUAUAAGACGCAUUUUAAAAGAGGAAACUGGACGUGAUGUCACCUCGGCGGGGCUUGUGGAUACUAGUCAAAUCGGUUGGGUACGCAUGGGCACAACGGUGGCCACGAAUGCGUUACUCGAACGUAAAGGUGAUCCUGUGGCGCUUGUGGUGAAUGAAGGGUUUCGCGAUUUGCUGUAUAUUGGCAAUCAAGCGCGCCCGAAAAUUUUCGACCUCAAUAUACGUAAAGCGUCCAAUUUAUACAAAACCGUAGUGGAAAUUAACUGUCGUCUUGUGCCAGAGCAAGCAAAUCGCUGUCAGUUAGAACACACUUGGCCGCUGUUGGAAGGCACUUCGGGCGCCAAGUAUUUAGAAAUGCAGCCCGUCGAUGUAGCGGCUGUGCGUGAGGCACUACAAAAGGUGCGCGUGGAAGGCAUCACAAGCGUGGCGGUGGUGUUGGCGCAUAGCUUUGCAUGCCCAGUGCACGAGUUACAAGUUGGCGCAAUAGCGCAGGAGCUUGGUUUUACACACAUUACACUCUCACAUCAGACUAUGCCAAUGCGCCGCUUAGUAGCGCGCGGUUAUACAGCCUGCGCUGAGGCAUAUCUAACACCACACGUAGAACGUUAUCUCAACAGUUUCAAAUCUGGCUUCGAUAAAGAAUUGGCUGGUGUUGAUGUGCUUUUUAUGCAAUCGGAUGGCGGUUUGGUGCGCAUGGAGAACUUUCGCGGUGCGCGCGCCAUACUCUCCGGUCCCGCGGGCGGUGUGGUGGGCUAUGCAAUGACGGGCGCGCGUGAAACGAACGCGCCACUAAUAGGUUUCGAUAUGGGCGGCACUUCGACCGAUGUCUCACGCUAUGCUGGCAGCUAUGAGCAUGUGAUUGAGAGCACAACAGCGGGCGUCACGAUACAAGCGCCACAAUUAGAUAUUAAUACAGUGGCGGCCGGUGGCGGUUCGAUGUUGUUUUUCCGUUCUGGUCUAUUUGUAGUCGGUCCUGAAUCUGCUGGCGCACAUCCUGGACCGGCGUGCUAUAAAAAAGGUGGGCCACUCACUGUCACAGAUGCCAAUCUAAUAUUGGGCCGUUUAUUGCCGGAAUAUUUUCCAAAAAUUUUCGGUCCCAAAGAAAAUGAAGCGCUCGAUUUCGCUGUGACCAAAGAGAAAUUCGAAAAAAUGCGCGUGGUGAUUAAUGAGUACCUGCAAAGUGGCGGUGACACAAAGCAAUUGAGUGUCGAAGAUGUCGCUUUGGGCUUUAUACGCGUCGCUAACGAGGCUAUGUGCCGUCCCAUUAGAGCGCUAACACAAGCGCGCGGUCUGGACACGUCACAGCAUGUGCUGGCAUGCUUUGGCGGCGCUGGCGGUCAACACGCUUGCUCCAUAGCGCGUGAGUUAGGCAUAAGUAAGGUGCUUGUGCACAAGUACGCCGGCGUUUUGUCCGCCUACGGCAUGGCGCUAGCCGAUGUAGUGCAGGAAACACAAGAACCAUGCGGUUUGUCAUUCUCCGCUGAAAAUGCUGCCUUCUUCAAGUCUCGCUUGGACGCAUUGUCCGCGCAGUGUACCAGCAGCUUGCAAUCGCAGGGUUAUAGCAAAAUCGAAUUGGAACCUUUCUUACAUUUACGUUAUGAUGGCACCGAUUGCGCGCUAAUGUGCUCACCAGCCGCUACAGCGCGCAAGGAAGACGCUUUACUCGCGUCUUAUGGCGACUUCAUCGACACAUUCCUGCAACGUUAUCGCACCGAGUUUGGUUUUGUGCUGCAAAAUCGCGCAAUUGUCGUGGAUGAUAUACGCGUGCGCGGCUUGGGUAAGAACAACACACCGCCUGGGUUGGAAAUCGCGAGCGCGUCCGUAGAGACACCAAAACCCGUUGGGUUUACGCGCAUUUUCUUUGAGCAAGGCGCACACGAGUCACCGAUUUACUUGACCUCGAGUCUAUUGGCGGGCAGUAAAAUCAUCGGACCGGCGAUUUUGAUUGAUCAACUUUCGACCAUACUUGUAGAACCCGAUUGUGUGGCUGAAGUGACGAAGCAUGGCGAUCUUGUCAUAAAUGUUUGCUCCUCCAAUCGCACUGUGGUCGAUUGCAAACUCGAUGCCAUACAGCUGAGCAUCUUCAGUCAUCGCUUCAUGAGCAUAGCUGAGCAGAUGGGCAGAGUGCUGCAACGCACAUCGAUUUCGACCAACAUCAAAGAGCGUCUCGAUUUCUCGUGCGCGCUCUUCGGUCCCGACGGCGGUCUCGUAAGCAAUGCGCCACACAUACCCGUGCAUUUGGGCGCUAUGCAGGAGACAGUGCAAUAUCAGUUACGCGUGCGUGGCGAUAGCUUGAAGAAUGGCGAUGUUAUUUUGUCCAAUCACCCGCAAGCCGGCGGUUCACAUCUGCCAGAUUUGACCGUUAUCACGCCUGUAUUCUAUCGCGAUCAACCGAAACCAGUUUUCUUUGUCGCCUCACGCGGUCAUCACGCCGACAUCGGUGGCAUCACACCGGGUUCCAUGCCACCACAUUCCACGUCACUGGCGCAGGAAGGUGCCGCCUUUAAGUCCUUCCUGAUUGUCGAAGGUGGUGUGUUCCAGGAGAAGAAUAUCGUUGAGCGUCUCACCACACCGUCCGGCGCUAAAGGCGCCACUGGCACACGCAAUCUGCCUGAUAAUAUUUCCGAUCUGAAAGCGCAAAUCGCCGCCAAUCACAAAGGCAUACAACUCGUAUCGGAGCUCAUCGAUAGCUAUGGUCUGGAUGUGGUGCAAGCCUACAUGAAUUAUAUACAACAAAACGCUGAGGUCGCCGUGCGCGAUAUGCUCAAGGAAAUCGCACAAAAUGUCUUGAAACGCAACGGCAGCACCACUUUGGAAGCGGUCGAGUUCAUGGAUGACGGUUCACCGAUUAAGUUGCGCGUCGAAAUCGAUCCCGUGCAAGGCAAUGCCUUAUGUGACUUUACCGGUUCAGGGCCGGAGGUGUGGGGCAAUUGUAAUGCACCUCGCGCCAUUACACUCUCUGCGCUCAUCUACUGUCUGCGCUGCAUGGUCGGCCAUGAUGUGCCACUCAAUCAGGGCUGCUUGGCGCCUAUCAAAGUUAUUGUGCCGCAGAACUCCAUCUUAGAUCCCUCCGAGGGCGCCGCUGUUGUCGGUGGCAAUGUGCUGACCUCACAGCGCAUUGUCGACACCGUGUUGAAGACCUUCAAUGUGUGCGCCGCCUCGUGUGGCUGCAUGAAUAAUGUCACCAUUGGCGAUGAGGAAUGGGGCUACUAUGAGACGGUGGCAGGCGGCGCGGGUGCUGGUCCAACAUGGCAUGGUGCCGACGGUGUGCAUACGCAUAUGACCAACACGCGCAUAACCGAUGCGGAGGUCAUGGAAUUGCGUUAUCCGAUCAUCUUGAAACGUUUCUGCUUGCGCACCGAUCAAUCUGGUGGCGCCGGCCAAUUCCACGGCGGUGAGGGUGUGGAACGUGAACUGCUCUUCCGCAAGCCGGUCACGUUGUCGAUUUUGACGGAGCGUCGCACGUUGCAACCCUACGGCUUGGCGGGUGGUCAACCAGCUAAGCGUGGUUUGAAUUUGUUGCGCAAGCCGGAUGGGCGCGUCAUCUCAUUGGGCGGCAAAACCUGCAUCGAUGUGGAGGCGGGCGAUAUAUUUUUGCUUAAAACUCCCGGCGGUGGUGGUUAUGGUGUGCCAGAUGUGACAGCUGAUGCUGGUAAAGUGGUCUCACAUACCGAAAAACAUAAUUUAACCGAACGCGGUAGUGUCUUUGAGUACAGACAAGCGCAGGAGUCGGCUUGAAGAGUGCACCACAACAACAAUAACAAGACAAUAACAAUAGUUGCAAUUCCAUUUACAGACAUGAUCUUUACGAAACAGUUUUUAAAACCAAAUCUAAAGUGCUUUGUAACAAAACAAUAAUGUUAUACCAAAUGUUAGAAGAACUAUUCUACAAGUGCAAUUGCAUACUUUAUUAUGUGUAUAAA